AUGGGUCUUUUCGACAAGUUAGCGUUUGCAAAGCGCCAUGAGCGGACACCAGAAGAGCGCGCCUACGUGCGGAAGCUCGACAUCUUCCUGAUGACCUUUGGAUGCAUAUCGCAGAUCAUGAAAUAUCUGGACCAGAGCAGUAUCAAUAAUGCCUACGUAUCGGGGAUGAAGGAAGAUCUCCAGCUCUAUGGCGAUGAGUUGAACUACUUCACCACGUUCUUCCUACUGGGCAACCUUGUCAUGGUUAUUCCCUCUCAGAUCGCCUUGACAUACAUCCCACCCAACUGGUGGCUUCCGGGUCUCGAGAUAUCCUGGGGCAUCCUGACGGGUCUGUUCGCCGUGACCAAGAACGCGCGCGAGGUCUAUGCGCUGCGUUUCUUUCUCGGAAUGUGUGAGAGCAGCGCUUGGCCGGGAAUGAUGACCAUGAUGAUCUAUUGGUAUACUCCAAGUGAGAUUGCGAAACGUAUGGGCAUCUACCAGUGUUCCCAGGCGGUUGGUUCCAUGAUGUCGGGUGCCCUGGCGAUCUCUGUCGUCCACACCAUGGAUGUGGAGUGCCUCAUGACUCUCGUCGUCGGCUUUGUUGGAUUCUUCAUGGUCCCCGGCCUGCCGCACAAGCCCAACCCCUGGGCCUUUUGGUUCAAGAAGAACGACGCAAAGCUGGCCAUGAAGCGUCUCCACCGCCACGGCAAGCAGGAGCCCGUAAAGAUCACGCUCAAGACGGUCAAGCGGUCGCUGGCCUCGCCCAUCUUCUACGUCCUCGUGCCGCUAUCCAUGGGCGCAAACAUGGCCAACUACGGCAUGUUCUACUUUGGCAUCUUCCUCAAGUCGCUCAAGAACGCCGAUGGCACCCCGAGGUGGAACGUGACCCAGGUGAACGGUAUUCCUAUCGGCGGUGGUGGAGUCUCUAUCGUUUCUCUGCUGAUUUUGACCAACCUCUCUGACCUUUUCCAGUCGCGCUGGACAAUCUUCAUGGCUCAGGCCAUCAUCGGCCUGUUCGCCACCAUAUACAUGACGGUGUGGACGGCCCACCCGGACAGAACGCCUAUUGGUGGUGCCUACGCUAGCUACUUCAUGCUCUACAUGACCAUUGGUGUCAGUUUAAUUGUUAUGGCAUGGCUGUCGGAUCUUCUCCCACACGACCCGGACUCCGUCACCUUCAUCAUCGGCGCGACCGUGGCACUCAACCUUGCCAUCCUAUCCUGGGCACAGGCGUUGAUGUGGCCCGCAUCGAAAGCUCCUUACUACGUGCACGGUUGGGGAUCUUCAACCGGCAUCUGGCUGUUCUGCAUACUCAUGGUCGCCGCCGUCUUGUACGUCGACCGCAAAUACCUCAGGGCGAAGCGACAGGCGUUCCACGAGACGCUCAACAACACCCACGUCGAGGAGAGCGACAAGGUGGACUCCCCGACGAGCUAUCAGAGCGAGACAGAUUUCGAGCUGGCCGACAAGGACACUGCUAUUCCCAAGGCGGUAGAGAUUAAGCAGACUGUUUGAAUAAACACGAAAGAGAAAAUGAAAGAGGGGGG